ACGCGGCCGAGUCGCUGCGGCGGACUGAGUCGGAGCUGCGGCGGACCGAGUCGGACUGCGCGCCGUUGAGCCUCAACCAUGCACUGGAUCGCGAGUGGCCUGAUCCUCUACGCGUUCGCGGUGCCCUCGAGCAUCACCGGCGUCGCCUACACCUUUUACCACUCCGGCGUCCUCCUCGGCAGUGGCAUGUGCAUCCUCGCGACGGCCGCCUCCGCCUGCGGGGCCCUGCUGCUGCUCAAGCUCAUCCUGGGAGCUCCACAGGGGCACCGGAGGCCGCGUAUGUUCUCCGACCUCGGCGCACUCGCCACCGGCCGCAUCUCCGGCGCCAACGCCGCGCUCUGCCUGCAGCUGACAAACUUUGUCCUCUACCAGCCUGUCGCGCUCCUUACCACAGCAUCCGCGAUGCAGGAUGCGGUGCAACCCGAGGGGGAGACGUGCACCAACUACUUCAUCUUUUUGGUCUCCCUCGUCUGCUUCGCCGGCACGCAGUGCCGAGAGCUCAAGUACGCCUCCCUCCUCGCGGGCAUUGCACUGGUCGCCGGGGUUGGCGUCGCGGGGCUCCAAAUCUACAUUGCCGCCGCCUACUCGCCCGGCCACGGCGACACGCACGGCAAGGGGGUGGGCGACCACGAGCACCGCAACCGCGGCUCCGAAGCCGUCUGGGACAAGUUUGGCCCUCCCGACCCGAGCAGCAGGUCUGCUCACCCACGUGCACUGGGCCUUGCACUUUGAAUGCCGUGCCGGCUCCUGCCGCGUGUCCGGGUGUGGAGAUACGAGGGCUGCCUGGGCCUUCCCCCACCACUCGUGUGUUGUCGAGAAGUUCCCCUCACCUCAC